AUGCACAUCCCAUCCACAGAACCGCCAGACCCGCCCAAUCCCAAACCCACGACUACCCACACGAAUGGCGCAUCCGCAAAUCCUCCCGCAACAGCUCCCCCCGAAACACCACAGCUCUCCGGCGCCGAGCUGAAAAAGCGCGCCAAAGCAGAAAAAGCCGCCAAACGCGCUGCAGAGAAGGCUGCAAAACCCAGCGCGCCUGCGCAACAGCCACAGCAGAAAGAUGGAAGACAGAAGUCGAAAGAGUCGAAAGCUCCCGCCGUACAGCAAGUGAAUGGAGAGGCCGGCAGAGGCGCAGGAGCGCAACAGCAGCACCACAAGCGUACGGGUUCCGUAAAUGCAGCGAGUCUGGCCCAGCGACCCGCCCUGGGGGCUACGAAGAGGAGGCCGAGCCAGGGCGGACCGGUGAAGGAGGUUGAGAAGAAAAAGGUGGAGAGUAAGCAGAGGGAGGUUGCGCUCUUUGGGCACUUGUACGGGCAGCCAAGACGGCAUAGCAUUGAGGGUGCGGCGAAGGAGGUUCACCCAGCUGUCCUGGCUCUGGGGUUGCAGAUGAGCAGUUAUGUUGUGUGCGGGAGCAAUGCGCGAUGUGUCGCUAUGCUGCUCGCUUUCAAGUCUGUCAUAGAAUCCUACACCACACCCCCCGGCACCUCCCUAGCGCGUCACCUAACCUCCCACCACCUCUCCCCCCAAAUCGACUACCUGCGCUCCUGCCGCCCGCUCAGCAUAUCAAUGGGCAACGCGAUCCGCUGGCUCAAAGACCUAAUCGUGAAAAUCGACCCCUCGGUCCCCGAAAACGAAGCCAAGUCCGACCUAACCUCCUCAAUCGACACCUUCAUCCGCGAGCGCAUCACCGCCGCCGACGUGAUGAUCGCAGAGAUUGCGUCCUCGAAGAUCGUGGAUGGGGACGUCGUGCUUACUUAUGCGAAGAGCUCGAUCGUCGAGAAGACGCUGCGGCAGGCGCAGAAGCAGGGGAAGAGGUUUAGGGUCGUGGUUGUGGACUCGAAACCGCUGUUUGAGGGCCGCCAGCUCGCGCGCUCGUUGGCGGCGGCGGGGUUCACGGUGCAGUAUUCGCUUAUCACGGCGGCGGCGCAUGCGGUGAAGGACGCGACGAAGGUCUUUGUGGGCGCGCAUGCCAUGAUGUCAAAUGGGCGGCUCUACUCCCGCGUCGGCACGGCGGUGGUCGCUAUGCUUGCGCACGAGAGAGAUUUGCCCGUCAUAGUGUGUUGCGAGUCCGUCAAGUUCACAGAGCGGGUGGCGCUUGAUUCGAUCGUCAACAACGAGGUCGCGCCGUCGGAAGAGCUGCUGAGCGAGGGCAAGGUGCUGCCGGGUGGUGGCCUGGGGAGAGAGAAGGACAUGUCGAAGUGGCGCGAAAAGGAUAAUCUGCAGCUGCUGAACAUCAUGUUUGAUGUCACACCGGCGGAGUAUAUCAAAAUGGUGGUCACGGAGCAUGGGUGUUUGCCGCCGAGUAGUGUGCCGGUCGUGCACCGUAUUUUCAGCGAGACGGUGUGA